AUGUCGAAGAUGGAUGCCAAGUCUUACAAGGACCUUUGCCUCAUUAUUGUGGGGCCAGGGUCAAAAGCUGAUGAAGUACUUGCAAGGAGAAGGCUCACAGCAGGAGGGCGCUUGGCGCAUAUCUUGAUCGAGGGUGAGAACGAUGAUCGUGUUGAAGUGGAGCAUGACCCCGUGGAGGACUCAUGUCUCAGCUGGCAACCACCAUUGCCUGAGCAUGGGAUCUCUUCCUUUGGCAAGAAGAUCGGUGCCAAACGCCGCAAUGUUUGGACCAAAGUUGGGCCGGAUGCCAUCGUGCUGCCCGAGAACCACAAGAUGAAGAUCUUGAAAGAUGCGAGUGGAGCACUCCGUCACAUUUGCAUCAGCGAUGAGAAUCAGACGGCCGUGAUUGAGCUCUCUGGUCAUGUGGUGUUGAAUGCUGACAUGGAGCUUGCAAGAACACUUGAUGUUGAAGUGUGUAACCCUGACUACCAGCCGUUUGGAUGCUUUUCAGCCCGUUUUGUACUGAUCAGCAUGCUGAUCUCCUUCCUUUGGACUAUGGCCCGCUUUCUGGUUGGCAAUGCUCUGGAGUCCAAUGAAGAUGUGACGUCAGUACUCUGGGGCCGGAGCUUCUUGCGGAUGAUCAGCUGGCUCUUAUUUGGGCAAGUCUUUUGCGUGGGAAUGUGGCCAUCCUGUUUCGCAGGGGAGUGGCCAAGCAUGGGUGUCUAUCAGGUGGGUCACAUCAUCUUUGUGGUGGCUAUCCUAGCGAUCACUUACUUCCAGUUCUCAGAUUUCUUGGCUCCCACAGCAGCAGAAAUGCCCAUGCUUGCUACUGCACCAGCAUUGAACUAUUGGCUCACGCAAGACAGACAUCCCGAAAGACGCAUCUGGCCGUCUGCGCUGUGGACCAUUGCUCAGCUCGUUGGCAGUUGGGGCGGCUGGAUCAUUUUUGCACUGGUUGGCCUGGGCUAUGGAACUUUGGUGGCGUCAGGGAACACCCUUGCGGCAGCCCUUUUCCUGCCGUUCGCCACCGCUGCCACAGAAAUCGGAAUCGCGGUCUAUGCCCGCUUCACUUACAACAAGUUUGUGUUCGAAGCCAGGGUGAAGGCAGGUGAGCUAGUGGUGGCUGGUGAUCAACUUUUCCUGAAUGGGCCCGCAGUGAUCUACUGUGCUCACGCUCUGGCAGAAGCUUGUCGUUUGGCUGCCACCUUUUCAGGAGCUGUGAUCAGCGGCGGCUACACCUGGGUGCCAACCACCUUGUUGAGUGUGGCUCUCAACAUCUCGGCUCGCUUGGGAUGGUCACGCUUUGCCCUCAUCAAGAUCACCACCAAGAUCCGGGGAGGCCCAACAGCUAUGGCUUGGUUCGCCCCUACCGCAUGGAGCAAGCUACAUGACGAGCUGAAGGUCUACGGUGGCUAUUUCCGUUUUGCGGCCAUUUGGGCUUUGGUGGCCGCAAGGGCCAUUGAAUAUGGAUGGUCCAUGAAUGGCCCUAAGGCUCCAUUCUUCAACACUUCUGCCAUGUGCGUGCUGAUUGCUUGCUUCAUUCUUGAGAAGAUCGAGGAUGUCGUCGUUGUGCAUGAGCUUUUGCCCGUGAACCCCGCAGGCCCGGGACUUCUUAAGAAGUACAGCGCAGGCACGAAUGCUGAUCCAAAGCAGCUUGUGGCCGUGGAGAACCUUCCAACAGAAGCAGCCAGUGACCCCUGGCGAAUGGACGAAUUGGAGUUGAGUGGGCGGAAGUCCAGUAGGUCGACCAUGACCGAGGCAAAGGUGCUGCAGCAGAGAGUCUCCUUAGGCCCACGGCAGGACUCGAUGUGGUGUCGUCUCCGCGCAGGAAUGGGUCAACCGCGAUCUCUGGUGCCAGCUCCUUCGUUGCACGGUUUGCGUGAGAUCCCAUUCGAACACCAGCUUUGCAUGGUGGGCUGUAUUGGAGAGUUUGUGAUUGGGCUCACCUACCUCUUGAUUGGAGCGGGAUACAUGCGAGGCCUGUGUGAUGCCCCCAUGGCAGGCUUGGACAGGCUUCUGAACUUUCUUUGGUGGGAAGUUCCGCUGCAAUGCUGA